AUGCAAAAUGAAGAUUUUACUGUUAUAUCAGAUCCUAUUUACCAACAUUUUACUGGUUCACAUAUUUUUUCCGGAACUACUUUUUAUUUAAAUCAACUUAAUAAUCAAAAUAAAACUGAAAAUGAAGAUCGCUUUUAUAAAAUAAAACCAAAUAUCUGGAUAAAAACUUGGGUUGAGUAUUAUCUUGGUUGGCAAAUAGCUUCAUCUACUUUUUCUAUUUUAACAUUAUGUCUCAAAUUUUGUGCUUUUAAAUUUAAACAAUCAUUACUUGUAAUACCUAAUAUUGUUUCAUUAUUCAUUGAUAUUAUAAUUAACCUUCUGGGAUUUUCUGUAUUUUUGGCAUGUAUUUUAAAAAUACCAUUAUAUAUGGCUUUUCUUUUAUCAUCAGUAUGUAUUCAUAUUAUUUCGCUUGGUGUCACUAAAAAAUUUUAUAUAUCUCUUCAAAGCGCUAAUAAUAUAAAAACACAUGAAAUUGUCUAUUAA